AGUGACACAAGUUCAGCUCCCGUGUUUUUGUGGAGACUUCAGGAGAUCGAAAUGGAGAAUCUGAGCAGCACCAUCGACCCCAGCUGUCUGCAGCAGCCUCCGCUGGCGAUAGACAUCAUUAUAGAGUUGGACGCCCUUGGGAUCAUUCUAUACGCUGGGCUGACCUUGAUGGCAGUGCUGUCCAUGCUCAUUUACAUUGAAGGAACCAUCUACAUCUUCCGCAAGGUGUCCUACCCUAAAAAGCAGGCCAUCAUAUGGGUGAACGGGGCAGCACCGAUUAUUGCCACCAUGUCUUGCCUGGGGAUGUGGAUCCCAAGAGCCACCAUGUUCACAGACAUGACAUCAGGCUGUUAUUUUGCCGUCGUGGUCUAUGAGAUCCUCGUGCUGUUGUUAGAGGAGUGUGGGGGAGAUGAGGCAUUUCUUCAACGCUGUGGGAAUAACCGUCUCCGGAUCAGCACCGGGCCCUGCUGCUGCUGCUGCCCAUGCUUGCCCCAUGUGCGUCUCACACGCCGCGUUCUGUUCCUGUUGAAGCUUGGAUCUUUCCAGUACGCACUGAUGAAAACCGUUUGCACCGUCUUGGCCAUCGUGCUGUGGACCAAUGGGAACUUCGACGUCUCAGAUCUUGAGGUCACUGGAGCCCUCAUCUGGAUUAACUGCUCUGUGGGGGUUCUGACCAUCGCUGCUCUCUGGCCUGGUGCCAUACUCUUCAUGCACCUGCGCCAGACUCUCAGCAGCCAGAAGAUCAUCCCUAAAUAUGCCAUGUACCAGGUGGUGCUGGUCCUCAGCCAACUGCAGACGGCCAUAUUCAGCAUCUUGUCACUGAACGGCACCAUUGCCUGUGCCCCACCCUACUCCUCGCAGGCACGAGGAUCCAUGAUGAGUCAGCAGUUGCUCAUCCCAGAGAUGUUCAUCAUCACUCUGGUGACGCGGCUGUUAUACAGACGCACAUAUGAGCCGCUUUCUGCUGCCCCUCUACACCAGGACAACAGGGGCAGGAAACUCCUGCCGUCUGAGUGCGGCGAGGCAUAAACCUGCAUGUAUCUGUGUGUGUGUGUUGUGUUUAUAUUACAUUGUGGGGACCGAAUAUUCCCCACAAUGUAAUAAACACCUGUUAUUUUUACAUUUUUUAGGUCCCCACAAAGA